CUGAAAUGAUUGUGACAUUUGACUCCAUUGGCACAAUUUCAUUGUGGAUUCUGAGCUCAGAUCUUGUUCAGUGAAAUGAUGGCAGCAUUGCCUCAGCUGUUCGUAUUGCCAUUCAGUCGUUUUGUACUCCACAAUGCAAAUAUUCCAAUGUGGAAUGGGAUAUGCUUUCUUUUAUCAGAUCUCUGAGAAGCAUGAUCCGGUCUUCUAAUGCAGUUGCUGUUGUGACAUUUCCACCUUCCCUUCUUUUGCCAUCAGUCUCUAAACGAUGGCAGCACAUGGCAGACACUUUGCUAUCUGUCAGAGCAAUCCCAGACGAGGACAAGGAAUUCGCAAACCUCCUCACUGGUUAUCAAGACAUGGUCGGUCUUUUGAAUGUACACAAAGUAGCCCGCGUUAAUACACAGGGCCCUGUGAUUCUUGACGCAACAACAUUCUCGAUAAAGUUGCAAAAGCGGAGGUUCUUAGUUUUAGAAUGUUUGAAUCAAGCCCCAAUUGACGGUGCAUCUGGGAACUCAUAUGGCACUUCUGCAAGUUGUUCCUCGUCUUCAAAGACUAGGACCCACCUUGAUUUCUAGGUCCUAACAUGAUCUCACUGGUCCCUAACACCAUUAAAUAAUUCUACUUAUUUAAGUUACUUCGAGAAUGCUGAUAUGUGCUACCAAUGUCUUUCAGUGUUCAACGAAGCAAAUAUAUCCUUAAAACUAGUUGUAUUGUAUUCUUUCAUUUGCUUACAGUGUGCUCCUAAUUAUUUUGAUGACCAUUGCAUAAUUUAUUUAUUUAUUGUUUUA